AUAACUGUCAGUCGCACUCGCAUUCGUUCCCCGCUUUUUCCGGCAUCCCGAAGCUGUUGAUUUAAAGCCGCUGUGUGCCUUCUUUCUGAGAUUCAAGCCACUCGGUCAAUCGACUCGACACAAACAACAUGUCCUCACCCUACAUCCAUGGCUUCCGCCAGGCUCCUUAUGCCGAGGACCAGAAGUAUGCCAAAACCAUCCUCACCACGCACGUCCUGGAGCGUGGCCUGACGACAGGCGCCAUCCUUGGUUCCACGUACACAGCUUUACGUUACUUUCGCGCACCCGAUUUCAAGACGAAGCUCUUACACAAUGCUGGUCGCGGGCUGCUGUGGAGCGGGCCGUUGAUGCUUGCGGCCCUGUGGGGCCGUAUGCGAGGCCGAGAGCACAUUGAAUGGCAAGAUCGCAGUUGGAGACUUUUGGGCAACCCUUUUCAAGGCGAGGUGGAUCUCUUCACUGAAGUUGGCUUGGUUGCUGGUACGGCGACAUAUCUUGGAAGAGUACCACGCGCUGCGUGGACAGGAUACGGGGCUUUGGGAGCGGCCGGUCUUGGUACCAUUGGGGGAACGGUUGCUUACAUGGCCUGGCGCCAUGGCAUGCAUGGUGGAAAAUUCAAAGAGCACGAAGCGUUGUAAUGUUCACGGGGCUUGGCCUGUGGUUCUGUCAGGUCUUCUACAUUCUGGAAGCGGUAGAAAAAGUCAAGACUUUGAGGAUUCAGCAAUG